GCAACUUUCAGUUGAGCACUAACAUCGAAGCGUUAAAGUUGGUCUUCUGGCAAACGUCGGCGUGUGUCUGUGGAUUUGUGGAAUUCAAACGAAGCGUAGAGUAGCAAACACAAAACGCAAUUUGUUUCAACAAAAUCCAUCAUUGUUCCCCAAACACUACAGUUUUCAACCACAAAUGCUUUGAAGAAUUCUAAGAGUAAACUUUCAAACAGUCUUUUUGGCAAAUUGACAAAGAACAACCAACACUACACUGUAGCAGCAGCAGCAGCAUCAACAUCAUAAUCAACCAAACAGUGUUGAAUUUUAAGAGUUCAAUUCUGCUUUAGCAGCAAAGUACACUCACAACGCCAGUCUCCUCAAACGACAACAACCAUGACCAGGCGAUGGACAAUCACAUCAUUACUGCUACUGCUCAUCUACGUUUGUAGCAGAAGUGCCAAUGCGCAAACUCAGAUACCUGAACAAACAAACACCAUAGAUUUAGAAGCGGCACUGCCAGAACCAAGAGCUUAUAUACCAGAUUCACAAUAUCUAGACUUUGUCUAUCACAAUCAUGAAGAGUUAACAAGAUUUUUAAGAGCAACUAGUGCUCGUUAUCCUAAUCUGACUGCUUUAUAUUCUAUUGGCAAGUCCAUCCAAGGUAGGGAACUCUGGGUGCUAGUGGUUUCAUCCUCGCCCUAUGAGCAUAUGCUGGGCAAACCGGAUGUCAAAUAUGUGGGCAAUAUACAUGGGAAUGAACCGGUGGGCCGUGAGCUAUUGCUUCACCUGAUACAGUACCUGGUAUCCAGCUAUGAAACGGAUCAAUAUGUCAAAUGGCUGUUGGACAAUACACGCAUACAUAUAAUGCCCUCCAUGAAUCCAGAUGGAUAUGCGGUAUCCAAGGAGGGAACUUGUGAUGGUGGUCAGGGAAGAUACAAUGCCCGUGGCUUUGAUUUAAAUCGCAAUUUCCCCGAUUACUUUAAGCAGAACAAUAAACGUGGCCAACCUGAAACGGAUGCUGUCAAAGAUUGGAUUUCAAAAAUUCAAUUUGUUUUAAGUGGCAGCUUGCAUGGCGGAGCCUUGGUGGCCAGUUAUCCCUAUGACAAUACCCCUAAUGCUAGACGACUAAAAGGAAUCUGUAGAUCAUCGGCAUUAUGCGCGAUGUUUCAAACCUAUUCGGCUGCACCUUCUCUAACGCCCGACGAUGAUGUCUUUAAACAUUUAUCGCUGGUCUAUGCCAAAAAUCAUGCCAAAAUGUCUAGAGGAGUGGCCUGCAAAUCGGCUACCCCAGCCUUUGAAAAUGGCAUAACAAAUGGAGCAGCUUGGUAUCCUUUGACCGGUGGCAUGCAGGAUUACCAAUACGUUUGGUAUGGCUGUAUGGAAGUGACUCUGGAAAUAUCCUGCUGUAAAUAUCCUCCAGCUUAUGAAUUGAGAAAAUAUUGGGAGGACAAUCAAUUGUCCAUGAUCAAAUUCCUGGCCGAAGCCCAUCGCGGUGUACAAGGCUUUGUCUUCGAUAACAAUAAUAAUCCCAUAGAGAGAGCUUCUUUGAAAAUCAAAGGCCGAGAUGUGGGUUUCCAAACCACCAAACAUGGUGAGUUCUGGAGAAUAUUAUUGCCUGGCUAUUAUAAACUGGAGGUCUUUGCUGAGGGUUUUGCUCCUAGGGAAAUUGAAUUUGUGGUGGUUGAACAACAUCCCACCUUGUUGAAUGUUACUUUAACACCUUCCAAGCGCACUGAAGGUUCUUUACCCAUAUCACAACUAUAUCGUCCAGUGCCGGGACCUCCACCACAUCUCUAUAGACCACCCACACCUGGCUAUAGUGGCGAUUCGGGACUUUUCUCCUCCAUAACCAGCGGUCUCAACAAUCUCUAUUCGAAUCUAUUUGGCUGAUCGUUUCUGUUUAUGAUCGAAAUAUUUCUCGAUUAUCGUACCAUUUAUUUAUUUAUAGCAUUUUUCAUAGUUCUCUCCAUUAUACACAUAGCAAGUCGUGAAGAUUUCGAUCCCCUGCCAGCGGAAGAGGAAUAGAUAGGUUGAAAAAAAAAGAUUCCAAACUGUUCAAUCAUCCAUCAGUUAUUAAAAACAAAAUCAUCAUAUGUUAUCAUCAAGAAACAAAAAACCCUUAGAACUCAUUCAUGUGUAGUACUGCCUUAUAGUUCAAGUAGGAAAAAAGGAUGUAAAAGCCCAAGAAACCAACACAGCGCCCCUGGAAUUGCAGACGUGCAAGUAGUUGAAAAUUGUUUAGAUUUUAGGACUUUAAUAAUUGUUACCAAAAACCAUUGACCACACUCCUACUACAAAAAAAUAAACUUGUUUGCAAAAGUG